GCGGUACUAACAUACUAGCAACAUCGAUAAAAUUUUUUGGUGUGGCACCGCCCCUCAAACGCUGCCCCGUUGCACGCACAGAUGCUCCUCCCAUAAAAAAUGCGCCGCUUCCUCCUCCUCGCAGCGCUGCACCAUGCAGCAGCGAAGGACGCCGUCGCCGUGCUCCUCACGACCAAACCAUCAGGCAAAGCUGAUGGAUGGAGCCCUAGAAGCGUGAAAGCUGGCAAGGCGACGGAGGCCUGCGCAAGCGGUCCUUCGCUCUGUGCGGUGUUAGUACUGCGAGCCACGGUCCGCCAGUACGGGAACAUACCUGAUGCGGAUUUCGUCGCACUGGUAGAUAAACCGUGUCCACCACAGCUCAAAGUAUCCCUGGUCGAGAACGAUAUAAUACCGAAGGAGAUGGACUUCGGCGAUAAGAAACGUUCCAAGCUGUUCGGCGACUAUUUAUUGAUGCGGAAAUAUUACAUUUUCACGCUGACGGAAUACGACAAGGUACUCCUGUUGGACACGGACACGAUUGUGGUCGGUUCUCUGAGGCAUCUCUUCGUAAACAAAGCGUCCUGCGGCAACGCCCUGUCUUCCACAGAUGCUGAUGAACGGGACCGGUGUUGGCCAGAAACGGACGACGUCUGUCAGGCACAACCCGUCGCAUUAGCGCAGCAGACGGUGGGCACGCCCAUCCUCACGGCGUUUUUCUUGGCCUAUCCGUCACAAGAGACGUGGGACUCAUUAUCAAAUGAACUGUAUCGCGUGUGCGGCGGCGGCGCGAUUUGCAACAAGCGAAGGAUCUACGCUCUUGGUUGGUUGGCGAAUCACACGACGCCGCCACCGAGUGGCGCGCGCUUCGGAUUGAAUGCCUACAACGUUACGACCUACAAACCGCACGCCUGGGCCAUGCGGAAAGCGCAAACGGGCCGAAGGCGCUUCCGCAUCGGCGCGUCGCCCUGGGAGGGCAUGGGCGCGGGCUUCACGGACCAGGGCUUCGCGGAACACUUUUUUGCACUACAAAACAAGAAUUUGUACUCCGUCAGCCAUCGGACGUGCAAGCUGAAAUAUGUGCAUUUUAACAUGCCUCCGAAGCAGACAUCGGUGUCUUGUAUCUCAACGGUUUGGGGGUCUGCGGCGGUUUCACGCCAUCGACGCGCGUCGUCUCCAGGAGAGAAGGCGGGGGGUGGUCUCUUUUCCGAUUUUAAGGCCGUUCGGACCGCGACGGGUCCGUCCACGCAGGCCCUGGUUCUGCCCCGGCAAGCACUGCCAGAAACAUGCUGCUUACAGGGAGUCCGACGAAGUGGAUUUGAGAUGGGGCGGCCACAAGUGCGCCCAGGACUGGUGGUGGCAGUACGUGCUCCAUCGCAAGUCCUUCGCGUCGCCGCCGCAAAGUUGCGCGGCGAAGUGUUUGUACGCCCUCGACCAGAAGCAGGCGGGGCGCGCGUCGUUCACGGACGCAACGAUGGCGAAUUUCACGCCAAAAUGCAAGGACUGGGACGAGCGGUGGCCGCCCCUCGACGCGUCGCUGCGGCCGCCCGACGCGCACCGGGCGUCCUUGUUCGCGCCGUUCGUGUGAUCUGCGCGACGGCGUUUUGUUGUUUUGUAAUUAUCUUAGCU